AUGUCUCUGGAUCCGCCCUCUACACCAUAUGCUUUGGAUUCCCCAAUCGCUGAGAACAGGCUACGGUCGUCGCAACAUGAAAGUCUCCAGUCACUUCAAGAUGACAGGUUCCAACAAGCUGCCACGGCUGGCCGUGGUGUCGACUUAUCUUUUCUCAGCGCCAACUUUUCUUCAGAAUCAUUGGACGCUAAUGGUGAUUCGCCUGUGGCAUCGACAAGAGCUAGCAAUUCUGCUUAUACCAACCCACUGGUCCCUUUCCAUAAUCGAAGAUACUCCGCCAAUGGCAGUACGCCGACGCCGUCGCUUGGUAACUCCCCUGUUGGCCAGCAAUCUCAUUCUCAUCACCAAAGAACAAAUUCCAAUUCUGGUGGCUCACGGCCAAGGCCACGGUCGCUUCUAGGUUCUGAGUCUUUGAACUAUGCCAUUUGGGAAGAUGGAGCACCAACUCAGGAGAAAAUCGCCAGUAAACGUCACUCGGCAUACUUUGGUUCAAAGUUGACCCCUCUUGCUGCACCUAUUGACACUCGUAAGGGCAGUCUGCGAUCGGGUUCGCCUGUUCGGUCAACAUCCCCCGUCAGAAGAGGAAAUACUUCUCCUUAUAGGAGAAACAGUUCGCCGUCUAGGGAGCCGUUCAACUUUAAGCUGCAAGACUUAUCAAUGUCUCAUAGCAACUCAUCCAAUCUGUCGUUGGUCGUUAAGCCUGCUCACAGAAAGGGUCAUAGGUACAAGCAUUCUUCGGUAUCGAUGAACUUGUUCCAGGAACCAGUACCAAUCGCUGAUGCCAACCUUCAGCAGAAUCUUAUUCCGGAUCUGUAUCCUAUUCCCAACUUCAAGGAAUCGCUCACUAGUGCUGGCCCUUCUCAAAAAUUGAAGCUCAUGUUAUCUUUGGCGCAUUUUGCUGUUUCAGUGCUUGUUUUUCUAGUAGGUGUCAAAUUCCAUCAGCCUACUUUCUCCACAUUAGCUCAUCUUGUGUUUUAUGACUCUUUAGGUUCAUUUGUGGUUGCAUGUGUGGAUGUAGUUUCGAAUUUCGAGGUUUGGAGCAAAUCCUCCAUUGCUUACCCUUUUGGUUUAGGACGUCUUGAAGUCUUGACGGGCUUCGCGUUGAGUGCUUCUCUGGUGAUGGUUGGUUGUGAUCUAGUUUCGCAUUUUGUCGAAGAGUUGGUCGUUUCUUAUGUCAACGCCUCAGAGGAUUCCAUCGAGCACGGUGCUCACCAUAUUCAUGGAUCAGCAACUGAAUCUGUCAACUGGAUGCUUUACGAGACUGUGUUGGUGGCGGUGAUUGCAAUUACCUGGUUUACUUCCAGGUAUAUUUUUGACGGAGGAAACAUUUCCAGAAUGUUGACAGAAACAGACGUUGUUCUGCUGAAGGCAAGAUUAUCCAAGGCAAGAAAAGGAGGCAUAUUGAGCUCCACUGAGAAUGAAGAAAGGAACUUCUUGGUGCUGAUCAAAAGUGUCUUCCAUGUUUUGGUCAAGAAUCCUAUCAGAAUGCUUACGUUGGUAUACUCAGUAUUUCUCGUGUUCCUCCCUAUAAUUUCUUCUAGUGAGUCAAUCGGAUUUGAUAUCAGUGAGCUGUCUACUUUGGUUGUGGCUGCAACUCUCUGCUACGCGGGAUGGAAUCUUGUCAGAACGUUAGGUGGCAUCUUGUUGAUCUCGUUCCCUUAUUCUGAUUACGACUACAACGUGCUUCGAGCCACCAUAACAGAGAAGAUAUUUGGGCUACCAAGCUUCAAGAGCUCGUACCUGAUCAACAGUGUUUUUGUCACCAAGGUCAAUUAUGAGCUUUACAUCGCAUGCAUGGCAGUUACUUUGAAAGGUGGAAGCGCGGACGAUGAGUCUCGACUUCUUUUCGAGAUCAACAGAAUUUUCGAAAGGACCAUUGGCGAUUUCGACGCAGAUAGCAAGGUGGAAACCACUAUUAGUAUCACGAGGGCCUAG